UGAAGGGAAGCCUUGGGCGGCAAUGUGAGCGAGCUCCGCCUCUUCUGGAGCUGCACGGCUCCCGCAUUGGGGAACAUGGCGGCCUCUGUCAUUGUGGAGCGGAGCUACACCGAACUGAGCGGGACCGAGCGGGAAUCCAAAAGAAACUUCCGGGAACUGAGCCUGCGGCCCGAUGUUACGCCUCUGGUUGGAGGCUCAAAAUACAGCGAAUGCGCCGGCGGUUAUUAUUACAAAGACAGCAGCAAUCUGCUAUCUGCCACCAGGAAUCGCUUCUUACACUGGACCUCCCAUGGGGACACUCUGGAGCUGGUGGAGGAGUCUUUGGAUACCAACCUCCUGAAUAAUGCUAUCCGACUCAAGAUCCUAAAUUGUUCCCUUUUACCUGGGGGAGUCCACGUGUGUGAGACACAGAGCAAUGUGAUUAUCCUGAUUGUCACCAAUCACACCGUUCAUAGGCUGGUACUGCCCCAUCCUUCACGCAUGUACAGAAGUGAGAUCAUUUCGGAAAGCCAGAUGCAGUCUAUAUUUACAGAUAUUGGCAAGAUGAACUACAAGGACCCAUCAAACAGCUACGUGAUACCUGCACAGCCUGGUCGUGCACAGAGCUCCACCACAUCCACAGCAUGGCUGAGCAGUGAAGGAGAAGCAAUGUUUGCCUUUCCGUCAAGUUCCGGUGGCAUCCUUGUUGUCAAGAUGCCUCAUUUUGAUGAUGAUGGGGUUGCGACUACUGUGGAGCUAAAGCAAACCUCUGUUAUGAAGUUACUUACUGGCUGGAUGCCAUCAGCAAUACGAGGAGAUCACGGUCCAGCACAUCUUCCUGUAAGCUUAGCUGUCCACUGCCUAGAACACGAUGCUUUAAUAUUUGCAUUGUGCCAGGAUCACAAACUCCGCAUGUGGUCUUACAAGGAUCAGAUGUGCCUUAUGGUUUCUGAUAUGCUGGAGUUUGUGCCGUUUAGCAAGGAUAUGCGGCUGACUCCAGGCACUGGCCACAAGCUGAGGCUGGCACACUCGACAUCUAUAGGACUUUAUCUUGGGCUGUACCUACACACACCCAGCCAAGGGCAGUUCUGCGUCUUCCAACUAGUUACUGCUGAAAGCAAUCGGUACAGUCUAGAUCAUAUCUCCACAAUUUUCUCAAACCAGGAAACAUUGGUUGAUUUUACAUUCACAUUGGCAACUACAGAUAUUUGGGCCUUGUGGCUCGAUGAAGAAAACCAGACCAUUGUGAAACACAUUAAUUUUGAACAUAACCAAGCUGCCCAGUGGAAUCAUGUUUUCAUCAAUCCCUUGCCAGAAGAAGAGCUGAACAUUGGAGAUGAGCAGGAUCCAAGGGAAACUUUCCUGGAGUGUCUGUUUUCCCCUGGAAGAUUUACAGUUGCUGCUUUGUUUAAAACAUUACAGAUUUAUCACAGGGGGAGUGCGAAGUUGCCGGACCUGUCGUGGGAAGAGAUGAAGAAAGAGAUCACUUUAACUGUUGAGAAUGAGCUGCACAGUCACCUCACAGAGUAUGAGAUGUCCCAGGAGGAGUUCCGCCAAUUACAAGUGGAGUAUUGGUCAAAGUUCUAUUCAUGCUGCUUGCAGUAUCAAGAGGAGCUAUCCCGCCCCCUUGCUUUGAUGGUGCACCCUUACACCGGCAUGGUCUGCCUGCUGAGAAAGGGUUUUGUGUCCUUCUUGGCUCCUUGCUCAUUGGUGGAUCAUUUGUACCUUUUACCGACGGAACACUUGCUUACAGAAGACGAAAGCGUCAUCUCAGAUGAUGUGGAUAUUGCUAGCGACACAAUUUUCCUGAUGCAUUGUUUACGCAUGAUUGGAGAUUACAUUUCCUUUGACAUGGCGUACAUGAUUGAGUCUGCUUGCUGCCAUCAGCAACCACCAGAGAGAGUGGCAGAAAGAAUCUUGGAAGAAAUGAUUGCCAAUGAUGUGGAGAAUGUCAUGGAGGACAUUCACAAUAAACUUCAAGACAUCAGAAAUCCCCUCCAGGCCAUCAGUAAUCUGCUUCGAGAGAUGGACUACGAGACUUCUGUGGACAUAGACCAGCCUAUGGACAUUGUUCAACCUCUGAAUGUGCGAAUGAACCUCUCCAGUCUGUAUGGCAGCACUAUAGCCUCCAGCAUAGUAUGUCAGGCUGUCUGCAAAAUAUCCCUGACACGCUUCUUGAUUUGCCGAGACUUGCUUAUCCUUCAACACCUCCUGUUAAGGAUGGGAGAUGUGGUGUUUGCUGGACCAGGUCACCUAUUGCAGACCCAGCAAGAGCUGAUACCCCGCACCUCCCAUAUGCUCCUGUCCUACUAUGUAAUUCGAUGGGGAAGCCAGUGUGUGGCCUCUGUUGUUCCUGUGGAUACCCUGGAAUCCAACCUCCAACACUUAUCCGUUUUGGAGCUCUCUGAUUCACCAGCAUUCACUCCAGGAAGCAGAUAUAUUUCUGGGCCCCAGUCGAUCACGGAGUUGUUUUUCCAGGACGUGGCUAGAAAACGUUUGUCUCAGAUCUUUGCCCGCUCCAGUGCCACACAGACGCACACUCCUCUAAACUGGCCACAGCUGAUCUCGGACAUCAUCACUUAUCUUCUUCAGCAUCUAUGGCCAGGCAAUCCUGGUUUUCUCUUCCCUGAGUGUUUGAUGAGGAGCUGUCAGUACACUCAGCUACAGGAGUAUGUACGUCUACUACAGCCUUGGUGUCAAGUGAAUGUCGGUUCUUGUCACUUCAUGAUGGGACAGUGCUAUCUGGUCAUAGGUGAAGGACAUAAGGCUCUAGAAUGCUUCUGCCAAGCAGCUUCUGAAGUGGAGCGAGAAGAUUUCCUGGAAAGAUUUAUCCACGUGGAAGAAGGGGACACACCUUCCUCAGCCCGUCUGCAGUACUAUAACAGAGUCUUGCGCCUCCUGGAAGACAUGGGAUUACCAGAGCUGGUCAUCAAGUUGGCCACCCUGGCUAUUACAGAGGCUGCAGACGACUUGACAAGUCAGGCGGCUUUAAGGACUCGUAUUUUCAAACAUUACUUGGAUUUGGGACACAACCACCAAGCCUAUGAGUCCCUGACACAGAUCCCUGAUCACAGCAGGCAACAGGACUGUUUGCGACAACUGGUUGUAGUUCUGUGUGAACGCUCUCAGCUUCAAGAUCUCGUGGAGUUUCCGUAUGUGAAUCUGCAUAAUGAGGUUGUCAAUAUUAUUGAAUCUCGCGCGCGUGCUGUCGAUCUGAUGACCCAUAAUUACUACGAGCUCUUGUAUGCUUUCCAUAUUUACCGACACAACUAUCGGAAAGCUGGAACAGUAAUGUUUGAAUACGGGAUGCGGCUUGGCAGGGAGGUCCGAACGUUAAGAGGUCUUCAGAAGCAAGUGAACUCUUACUUGGCGUGCCUAGGUUGUUUACGGCUGAUUCGCCCCGAGUAUGCCUGGAUAGUACAGCCAGCCUCCGGAGCUGUGUAUGAGCGUCCAGGAUCCUCUCCGAAAAGGACGCACGACGGAGAGUGUCCUCCAGCUCCAAGUAAUAGUCAGAUUGAGAUUCUGGAGCUAAAAGACUUGAAGAAGGAGUAUAUCCUUGCUCAGACACGGUUGACAUUGGCUCAGCAUGAUAGCAGUUCAGCAGCAAUAGCUGGAAGUGCAUCAGCUGACGAGAUGGUUUCCUUGUUGGUUCAGGCUGGCCUCUUUGAUACUGCCAUUUCACUGUGUCAAACCUUCAACCUAUCCCUGGUUGCUGUGUUUGAGGGCUUGGCAUACAAAUGCAUUAAAUUACAAAAUGGCGGAGAGGCUGCACAGGCUGAGGCUUGGCAAUGGCUGUCUGCCAAUCAAUUGUCUUCUGUAGUCACCACCAAGGAAACGAGUGCUACAGAUGAAGCCUGGAGGUUAUUGACUUCCUAUCUGGAAAAACAUGAAUCACAGAACAGUUUGUAUCAUCGUUGUGUCAUUAACAAGCUGCUGUCUCAUGGAGUUCCUCUGCCCAGCUGGCUGACGAACAGCUAUAAGGUGGUGGACUCAGCAGAGCUGCUCCGAAUGUAUUUGAAGUAUGAUCUUCUAGAUGAGGCUGCAGACUUGGUAUUGCAAUAUGUAGAUGCCAUUUUGGGGAAAGGUCAUCAGUAUUUUGGGAUAGAGCUGCCACUGUCUGCUAUUUCUCCAUUGGUGUGGUUGCCAUACUCUUCUGUUGACCAUCUACUACAAGCAUUGGAAGAGAACAGCAACCAUCAGCACAACAGAGAUUUACUUGACAAGCUAAAGGCUAAACUGGACGACUAUUUCUGCCAGCUGGAGACCUCCACCACAAACCUGCAGACCAUUCGGAGAAGCUAGCCAUCAUCACUGCCUUACAUCUUUUUGGAAAAAAAAUUUCCACCCCAUGUUUUGUAAUUAUGCUGGAAACUUCCAAAUAUUGUCACAAUCUACUAUUUUUUUUUUUGUAAAAUAAUAAAUAUUUUCUAUUAAGCUUUUAUUUGUA